AACCAACUAGGCGGGUUCUGUGCGUUUUUGAGGUGUACGCACGUUUGAAUUUGCGCCAGUCUUAUGUGUUCGAGAUGAUGAAUGCUCCAAAAAUCAUGUAUCAUUGGCAGGUUUCGAUGCAGAUUGUUAUUUAAUAUAUCAAGUUUACAUUUAAAUAUUCAUUGUUCGUCACCGUCAAGCUUAUAACUUUUACAAUCAAUUGAAUAAUUUGCCGUUUAAUAUUAUGGUUUUUUGGCUGACCACACCAUGAAAUCUUGUUAAGGAAACAAUUCCUGUUGAAGUUCGUCCUUGGAAGGCAAAUAUCACUGAUCCCGAGACGGUCAUGGUGAUUGAGCGGCUAAUGAAGAAAAUGGUCGUUAAUCCUGUACCUAAAAAAGCUUUUAAACCUACCACAGCAUUAUCUAUACCCAGACAUCCUAUGCUCACAUUUGGUGUAUCACUUGAAGAUGUUAUAGAACGUGACAAGACUGAAAUUCCGAUCGUUAUUUCUGAUAUAUUUAACUUCUUAUUAAAUAAAGGUGGUUUACAAUCUGAAGGCAUCUUUCGUGUAAAUGGCAAUUCACGAACAGUUGAGAUGUUGCGUGCCAUUGUUGAUGAAAACGGAAGUUAUUGGCAUUUAGGGGAAUUUUCAAGUAUAGCUGGAGAUUUGGAUCGUUCAGUUGACGUUUUCUCAGUUGCUAGUCUUCUUAAGUUGUAUUUAAGGGAAUUGCCAGAAGGAUUAAUUCCAGAAAAUACCACUGCAUUAUUUUUGAAAAUUCAUUCAGAAUAUCGUUCAAAUCAAGAUGCUUAUCUAAUUCAGUUGGAAAAUUUAGUUGCUCAAUUGCCAGUGGUCAAUUAUACUCUACUCAAGCAUUUAUGCCAAUUUUUACACCGUGUUUCUGUUUACCAAUCUGAUAAUAAAAUGUCGAUUGAAUCAUUAGGUAUUGUAUUCGGACCUAAUGUUUUUCGAUUUACACCUGAAAACUUGGGUUAUCGAGAACAGAAUUCAAUCAAUCACAUCAUGGGGAUUUUAAUUGAACAUUCGGACAGUUUAUUUCGUAUGAUUGCACCAAGCUGUGAAAAUGUAACAACUUUAAAGGACAAUUUAUCAGACAAAAAUUGUAUACAAAUUCAAGCUGUUAGAAAUAAAAAGUACGAAGAUAAAUUUGGAUAUAACACUUCUGACAACUUAUCCAGUGUGAAGUCUCGCAAUAAUGAAGAUGAUGUUGAUACUGAUUAUCUUACUCAGUCGACAACAAAAGUUGAGACAAAUCACAUGCUAACACAUGUUACAAAUACAUAUUGUGAUGUCCCACAGAUUGGUACUAAAGCUUCAACAACCCCAGCUGCAACAACUACAACUAAAGCAAAGAAGACUGUGCCAGAACUGGCGAAGACCAAUAAUAUUGUCGAUACUAAUGAUAAUAACUUUAAGCGUAAAUCAUCUACAUGUGAUAUUAUUUCAACAUACUUAGAAAUAGCUAUUCGAUCAUGCAUACAAGAGCAUUUAUUUCAGGAACGUUUAUCAGAUUUUAAAGUGUAUGAUACUGCAGAUACAGUGAAUAAUUUUAAUCAUAGUUCAAUGGGUAUGAAUCAGAUUUCCAAAUCAGAUUAUUCAGACGUCAGUGUACCUAAAGCAAAUUCUAUCACUCAAGCAAAUUUAAAAAAUCCUGAAACUAAUUAUUCGAAAUUACCGUCAACUACAGAUCGGACUAAUGAAUCGAACGAUCAAAUUCUCAAUAGAUUAACUUAUUACUUACAUAAUUUUAAAUCUCGUUUACGAGAAUAUGAAAAACUGUUUGAACAGGAUUAUGGACGUAAGCCAACUAAUUCAGAUAAAUAUUCUAAUCCAAAGAUUGCUGAAUUAUUACGUCAAUUGUCUGAAGUACAAGAAACGAUUAGACAAAUCAAAUUAUCAGGUAAAAGUUCUGAUGGUAUCAUUUCUCCAAUCAAUAAUCAGAACGGAUAUUCUUCAGCAUACAAUACAUAUGAAGAUUAUUCAAAUAAAAUUCAAAAAAACAUAACUAACUCUAUAAAUAAUAAUAUUCACAAUGGAAAUAUAAAUGAGAAAAUAAUAUCAUCUGCUUAUUUAAUAAAUCAAUCCUCAGGGAAACAGUCUUUACCUAAGAUGGAUAACGAAGGGAAUGAUUGUACAAGAGAACUUCGAUCAUCAAACAAUUCAUUUCCUUCUAAACCAUCGGUCGUACCCAAUAAUAAAGUUGAAAAUGAAAAUGUAUCUAGACAGUCGGAUCUUAACAGACCAACUAUAGAAAGUACAUUUUUACUGCUUUCAAAACGAUUAACUGAAAAGCGUAUGAUUGCAAAUCGUCCCGAAGAUCUUCAUUUAAUGACUCCAAAACAGAUUGCAGCAGAAAAGCUCGCCUUACAAAAAGCCUUAUUAUAUUUUGAAAAUCUGCAUGGACGACCAAAAGAACAUCAAGAUCGUAUAACAAUGAGACCAUUAUAUGAUAGAUAUCGUUGUGUCAAACGUUUAUUAAAUUGUUUACAAUCUGAUAAUAAUUUAAAUAUUGUUGAACACAUAGAAGAAACUAGUGAUACAGAACUUCAGUCAUCUGUUCCAUCGAUUGAUGAUCAAAUGAAACGGCGAUCAAUACUAUCACCAAAUUUAGUGCCGCUAAUCAAUGAUAAUAAUAUACAAACAAAAUCUAUUCAUUCUACUGGUACAACUAGCAAUAGUAUCGCUUCAUUUAAGUCAGUUAAUCCUGUUUCUUAUUCCAGUUUGCGAUCUAUCAACAGAUUAUAUAAUCCAGCCUCAUCUAUACCUAAUAACAAUCUACCUGUUUCAUCUAUGAUGUCGUUGUCCACUUCCGCAUCAUUCAACCUGCCUAUAUAUUCUUCGACUACUUCAGCCCAAUCUACUCUUGGUAAUAAUAGUGAUCAUGUUAAUGAUAGAUUGGAUUUGGCUGGAAAACAACCUACUGUUGUUACAUCAAUUCCAUCAACACUAAGAUAUAACAUUAAUCCUAACUCUACAAGGUUGUUCAGUCCAAAUGAACGACCAACAUAUAUUGAUGAGAAACAGAAUAAAAAUAAUCUUGCUUUUAAUAAACAAUCUUACAAUUUGGAUUCAAAUGUUGAUCUGAAGUACAAUGGAAUAGAUUGUGAUACAAAAAGUACCAGUGAUAGAAAUAGCAGAGUACCAUGUGGUAAUAAUAAUGAAUGGUUUGGGACAAUUGGUUUGAGUAAAAGAAACCAAGAUAAUGCCAUUCACAACUAUCAUGUAAAUACUUUUAAUUGUCAUUCUCAAUUCGUUAAUGAAAAUAACCAACAUCCUGUAGAAAAUGCGUUAUCUACAUCAACACAUACAUCGACUAGAUUGUUUGAUUCAGUGACAUGCUCAAAUAGAAUUAGAAGUGAAUUCUCCUCGCCUAUUCGUCAAGAAAAUUUCAUCGGUGCUAGAGCACCAUACUUUUCGCCUCCGCCAUUAUCGUCUUCAUUUUCCAAUCCGAAAACUAUUCAAGCCAAUAUUUCAAAUGAAGUUCAGUUAGGUACUAAUCCUACUGCUCUUAUGAAAAAUCGCUUUCUCGACACUUCAGAAAAUGCUAUAAAUACUGUGUCAUUCAAUGAAAAAUGCACGGAUUCGUCACAAGCUAUUUCAUCAUCAGAUUUUUCAAGUUGGUCUACCGCUGACUUGAAAACAGCAUUGCGUACUUUGCGUGAAUCAAAACGCCAAUUACAAAAGACCUUGAAAGAUUUUGAACACGAAUUCGCCCAAACUACUGGUCAAAAGGUAGAACGAGAGGAUCGAUUAUGUAUGCGUUCAGAAUACUGUGAAUACAAAGCGUUAAAAACACGUCUUUUUCAACUAGAAACUGAACUGAAAGGUCGAUGUGCUUAAAAUUAAUGCCUAUUUUAUUCUAUUAUAUUUUUAAUCAUAUUUAAAGGUCGUCUAUAUUGUGAAAGUGAUAAGAUGAUUGAACUUUUUAAUACAUUGAAAUUGAGGGAGAGGAAGAGAGAGGGAAAUGGUUUGAAAAUAAAACUUGUGUUUUAUUCCUUUUUUUUCAACACAAAUGAAUGAAUUAAUUUUUAUUGGGAUAAUUUAUAUUUAUAAACAUAUUCAUCAUUUAUUUCUGCCAAUCAUUAAAUCUUUCAUUAUUGUACAUAAAUUCUUUGAAUGUCGUUUAUGUAUUUUGAAUGGAGACUACAAAGAUUUCUUUUACAGUACGGAUAUUUGUUUCCAACGUUUUUACCGUGUUUUUUUCUAUAAAAAAAACUAAUUGUAUACACGUAAGUUAAGUACUCAAUUCAGUUAAUAUAAUUUGAAGUGUAGUUUUAUUGGUAUAUCAAAAUGAAACUGUAAUAAAUGGUAGGGUGAUUGAAAGAUUUUAUGGCCAAAACAUAGUCAAAAUUAUCUUUUUUAAUAUAUCUAGACAAUUUCUUUUUUAAAACAUGUAACAUUUCGUAUUAUUAAUCUUAGACAUUGAAUUCUUUAAAAAAAUCUGUUUACAUAUUACUUAAUAACUUGAUUAGUAGUCCAUUUUGGCAUGUAUAAUUUUUAUACGACCGUUUUAAUUUUAAUUUAUUUCAAUAAUAGAAAUUAAGGAAUUUCUGUUCAACUUUAUACUUAUUUGCUUCAUUAGUAUUUCUGAUUUAUUUUAUUUUGUAUAUUACAUUCUUUAUUCCGAAUAUUUAUUGGUACCCUUUUCAUUAUUAUAACCAUAAGAAGUCUUCAUUCUUGUAAGGUAGAUCAUAUCAUUUUGUAUAGUAUAGUUAUAGUAUAGUAUAUAAUUUUGAUAUUUCGAUGAUACUUUAUUUUUAUGACAUUGUCAUGGAAGACAUAGUGAUUAUGUCUACAUGAAAAGUGUAAUUUAUUUUUAUGUAGAAAAACAGGAUGAUUUUGAACUCAGUCAGUCAACAGUACACUAAUUCAUAUAUGUGUUGGUGUAUGAGUUUUAUUUAACCAAUGUAUAGAAAUGCUAUAUGUAUAUUUAGCAUUGUAUAUUACACUUUACUUCUAGAAAAUAUAUUCAAUACUAAAUAAAUAUUUAUUUACUAAUUAUGAUUUACUUUGCAAUGUAAAUGUCUUUAUUGAAUUCUUCAAAGUUUUCUUAGUAGUACAAACAUAUUUUCUUAAAUGACUUGAUACAAACUUCAUAUUAUAUACUAAUAGAUGAAGUUCCAUUGUGAAUUUAUAUAUUGAAAAUAAGUUUCUUUAGUAAGUAUUUCU